AAAUGUCUUUCAGGAAAAUGGCGACGAACAAUUAUUACAGCUUUACCGCCGGUGGUGUUCAGUAUGGAACGACCCAACCAGCAACUUACCAGACUAAUCAGACUGCAACACCUGCAGCAGGAUAUACUGUUCAACAUCCAGCAGCUGCAGCUGCUGCUCAGCCUUAUGCAGGUGCAGCUGCGGCUGUUGCAGUAGCAGCAGCAUCUCGUACAAUCCAAACUGGGUAUGAGACGUACCAACCUACAACAGGUCAGACCACUACAACCUAUCCAUUUGCAUCUCGGCAACAGAGUGCUUAUGAAAAAGUUCAGGCAUAUUAUCCACAGGCAGCACAAGUUGGAUAUUCUACAACUGACACUGCUACAGCAGCAUAUCAGUCAGGUAUAACUUCAAAUAUUGUUUAUGGAUACAGCAGUAGUGCUGCUCAGUUAGCAGGAGUCAAGAGUAAAACAACUGUCACUAAAUAUCCUCAUGCUGGAAACAGUGUUGUACAAUCAGUAGUGGCUACAGGAAAACCUUCAUAUUCCACAAAUACAGCUUAUGCAUCUCAACGUCAAGUGCAAAAGAACCAAAACUUGCAGACUGGAGCUGUUUCAUCUUAUUCCUACACAGGAAGCACUGUUGGAGCAUCACCUUCCACCUACUCCACUUAUAAUACAGGAAAUACAGGAAACUACUCAAACAAAACUUCAGUAUAUGGACAUCAACAACAACAAUCAACCCAGUCUAGUGCAGCUGUUGCUUCUAACAACAUUACUAACCAGCAAAAUACCACUUCCAUUGUACAAACUCAGAAGACCCACGUUAACACUUGGUCAGGUUUUAAAAGAGGACCAGUGAGGUUUCAAAAACCAAAACUUCCACCAAAACCAGAGCAGUUACAUUAUUGUGAAGUUUGCAAGAUUAGCUGUGCUGGACCACAGACAUACAGGGAGCAUUUAGAAGGGCAAAAACACAAGAAAAAAGAAGCAGCAUCAAAACAGGGAAAUAAUGUACAGAAUCCCCGGGGAGGAACGUCUCUUCGUUGUGAACUGUGUGAUGUUACUUGUACUGGAGCAGAUACCUAUGCAGCACAUAUUCGUGGGACUAAGCAUCAGAAAGUUGUGAAAUUGCACACAAAACUUGGCAAGCCAAUUCCUUCAGAUGAUCCUGUAGUGAUUAGUACUGCCUCAUCAAAAGGUUCCAAAGGUACUGAUGGUAGUAGUGUUAAAGCAGAUGUUGCAUCUGGAGACAAGAAGACAGUUUCAGUGCCCAAAAUAAAUUUUGUGGGUGGAACAAAACUAAAUACAACUGGAUCUCAAGACAAACAGGAAGAAAAUAAAUCAGAAGAAAAAACUGAAGAUACCAAAAUUGAUCUUUCUAAACUGGAUUCAAAAGCUGAUAUUCAGCCAGUGGGGCAAGAUUACAUAGAUGAAAUAAAGAAUGAUGAUGGUAAAAUAAUCAGCUUCCAGUGCAAAUUAUGUGAAUGUCGAUUUAAUGAUCCAAAUGCUAAGGAAAUGCACAUGAAGGGCCGUAGACAUCGCUUACAGUACAAGAAAAAGGUGGAUCCUGAGCUUGUAGUAGAUAUCAAGCCAAGUUUACGUCAGCGCAAAAUUCAAGAGAGUACCUUACGUCGGCAGCAGCUACGUGAAGAAUUUUAUCGACGGCGUGAAGAAGAACGUUGGAGAGAAGAAUUGAGACUUAUGGAAGAAGAAGAGAGAAUGUAUUGGGAAGAACGUCGUAGAUUUGAAGAAGAAAUUGAGUUUAUGGAGUGGCAAAGACGCUCUGGUAGGGAUCCUAGAGGCCUACCCCCAAUUCCUGUACCACCACGUUCAAUGUUUGGACCUCCUCCUAUGAUUCCCCCAAUAAUGUCAUCUGUGGGUCCACCAGUCUCUCGACCAGAUUCUGCUGAUGAUCGUCAUAUCAUGGCUAAACACUCUUCCAUUUACCCAAAAGAAGCAGAACUGAAUGCAGUGCAGACUGUUUUAACUGACACUGAAAAGGCUUUGAAAUUAGUUUCCGAUUACUUAACUGAAAGUCAGUCAGCUGAAAAGAAACAAGAAGAAACUGUUGAACCCAAAAAAGAUAUUAAGGAAACUGAAAUAAAGAAGGAAGCAAAUGAAGAAAAGGAACCAAGUGAGCUGAAUGUUACUAAAAACCAAGAAAAAGAAGCACAACAGUCAGCUCCCCCCCAACGUGUAUUGAAAGGAGUUAUGCGGGUCGGAGGUUUAGCCAAAGGGUUGUUGCUUACUGGUGAAACUUCAGUUCAGCUUGUGGUUAUGUGUGCUGAAAAACCAACAAGAACCUUGCUGGAAAGAGUGGCAGACAAUCUUCCCAAGCAAUUUGAGGUGGUUGCUUCACAAACAAAUUACGAAGUAAAGCGAUGCGUAGAAGAAGCAGCAAUUGUAGUCCAUGCAGAAUCGGAACCUGCCGUGACAGUGACUGUAACGUUAACUUCUCCUCUGAUGAGAGACGCUAAAGAUAGUGAGGGAAGUAGCACUGAGAGUGUUAAAGACCCACCGGAUGUGUUGGACAGGCAGAAAUGCCUGGAUGCCCUGGCCGCCUUGAGACAUGCUAAGUGGUUCCAGGCAAGAGCAAGUGGUUUACAGUCGUGUUUAAUUGUUAUUCGAAUAUUGCGGGAUUUAUGUCAGAGAGUUCCCACAUGGAGCAAAUUAAAUAAUUGGGCAUUAGAACUCCUUGCAGAAAAGGUAAUUGGUAGUUGUCCUCAACCAUUGAAUCCUGGUGAUGCACUUCGUCGUGUUUUUGAAGCUGUAGCCUCUGGUGUUAUAUUACCAACUGGUCCUGGGUUGCUGGAUCCUUGUGAGAAAAACCCAACAGAUGCAGCUGCUAAACUUGCCAAUCAGGAGAGAGAAGACAUUACUGCUAGUGCACAACAUGCCUUGCGCUUAAUAUCAUUUCGUCAGAUCCACAAAGUGCUAGGCAUGGAUCUCCUACCCCCUCCCAAAUACAGUAGGGGACAAUUUAAUCGAAAACGUCGUCGUGACAACAACACAGAGGUUAAUGAGGGAGAAGGAACAGAUGAGAAAAAAGAUAAGAAAGAGGAAGAUGCAAAAAAUGUAGAAGAAGUUCAAGAGAAGGCCUGAAGAAGAGCAUACUGUCUUAGCUUAAGGACCUCAUGAUUUUAAAUGAUGAAGUCUGCACAGAUUCUUCAUUAUUACACCUUUUGUAUAAUCUAUACAUGACAGAAGUUUCCUCGAUGCUGCUAAUUUUGUUAAUAUAGUGUGUCACGAAAAGGAAUAAUGUGUUUUUUGUAUUGUGGAACAUCUUAAUUUCUUACAAUGUUAGUAUUCAUACAGUCCCAUUGAAAGAUUAAGUAUAGUAGAACACGAUAGCUAGUUAUGCUGUUAGGUUGUCAUAAUGUGGGUUAGAAUAGAAUGACUUGAUAUUUUUGUUUUUGUUUUUUUAUGAGCUUGUAGUUGCAGCCCUCAAUUACACAAGUAUUUUACCAUAUCUCAACCUUGGAUAAAGUCUCACAUGUGUAAUGGAUUUUAUUAAUAUCAUAUUUAAGUAUGGAUUACCAUGUCCCUUAUUUUUUCAUUAGGAGUAACAGAUACACAAUGAAUUCAACUUGCUCUUAGUUAGUUUGGUUUAGAUCUUUGCAUCCUGUAAAAUAACUUAAUUGUAUCUACAUAAUAAUAAAGUUAAGUGUAGAGUAGCAUAUAUAAUCAUUACUUUUUAUUAUUGAUAUGUAUAAGAACAGUUUAAAAAAAUUUCUGUAUUCAAACUCAAAAUAAGAGGAUUUUUUUUUUCUAACUGGUUAAAUUUUUGAGUGUGACUGGCCCAGAUUGAAAAAACAAUGAAAACAAUCAGGAGUGUUUUGAGUAAAAAGUGACUAAAAUAAUCUGAGUGUGUUGCUGUUAUUAUAAAAUAUUUACAAAGGACACAACUGUCUCAUGUGUUUAAAGUAAAUAAGUUUAAGUGUAUGAUAUGUCUAUUUAGCACUAUUAUGACAUUCAUUUUAAUUCAUUUGAUUAAAAUUGUCAGUGUUUACAUUACAUGUGGUGUUAAAAAGUAAAUAAAUAAUACUGUGUUAUUAAUUCUUGCC